UGCAUCGCCGCGCCUGCCGGCGGUGCGCGGGGCUCGUCCCCGGCCGGCGGCAUGAGCGCCGGCGAGGCCAAGGAGUAUCUGGCGCGCAGGGAGAUCCCGCAGCUCUUCGAGAGUCUGUUGAAUGGAUUGAUGUGUUACAAACCCGAUGAUCCAAUAGAAUAUUUGGAAAGCUGUUUGCAGAAAGUGAAAGAGCUUGGAGGGUCAGAAAAAGUGAAAUGGGACACUUUUGUCAGUCCAGAAAAGAGGACCCUCCCUCCACUCAAUGGAGGACAAUCCAGGAGAUCUUUUUUCAGGAAUGUGAUUCCUGAUAAUUCUAACUUUCCAUACCGACGGUAUGACCGACUCCCACCAAUCCACCAGUUUUCUAUAGAAAGUGACACUGACCUUUCUGAAACUGCUGAGCUGAUUGAGGAAUAUGACGUGUUUGAUCCUGCAAGACCUCGACCAAAAAUCAUCCUUGUUAUAGGUGGUCCAGGAAGUGGCAAAGGAACACAAAGUUUGAAAAUAGCAGAACGUUACGGAUUCAACUACAUAUCAGUUGGUGAACUGUUGAGGAAGAAGAUCCACAGCACAAGCAGCAAUAGAAAAUGGAGCUUAAUUGCUAAAAUAAUUACUACUGGAGAACUGGCUCCUCAGGAAACAACCAUAACUGAGAUAAAGCAGAGAUUAAUGCAGAUCCCUGAUGAAGAGGGUAUAGUGAUUGAUGGAUUUCCCAGAGAUGUUGCUCAGGCAAUCUCCUUUGAGGACCAAAUCUGUACCCCAGAUUUGGUUGUAUUUCUGGCAUGCUCCAAUCAAAGGCUGAAAGAAAGGUUGCUGAAACGUGCUGAGCAGCAAGGGAGACCUGAUGAUAACCUGAAAGCCACGCAGAGAAGACUAAUGAACUUCAAGCAAAAUGCUGUCCCACUGGUUAAAUAUUUCCAGGAAAAAGGGUUAAUCAUCACAUUUGAUGCAGACAGAGAUGAAGAAGAAGUGUUCUUUGACAUAAGUUUGGCAGUUGACAAUAAGCUAUUUGCUAACAAAGAAGCUGCAGCAGGGUCAAGUGAACUUGACAGCAGUCUGCUAAUGGAUUCUGGAGACCCUGUUUAUACAGAAUAUGACUUUGAAGACCAGGAGGAAGACCAGUCAAGUUUUUCUUGUUAUGAGAACACAGGAGAUUUUGCAGAAGAUAUGAGGAGAGCAAAUAUCAUUUUUGUAGUUGGUGGCCCUGGCUCUGGCAAAGGUAGUCAAUGCGAACAGUUAGCCAAGAAAUAUGGAUUUACUCACCUGUCCACUGAUGACCUUCUCCAAAAUGAGUUAUCAUCAUUAUCAGAGAGAAGUAAAUUGAUCAAAGACAUCAUGGAGUGUGGUGAACCAGUGCCUGGAGGUAUUGUUCUAGAGCUCCUGAAGGAAGCUAUGGUUGCCAGCUUAGGGGACACAAAAGGAUUUCUGAUUGAUGGGUAUCCCCGUGACCUGAAAGAAGCAGAAGAGUUUGAAAAUAAGAUUGGGGAACCAAAGCUCGUGUUCUGCCUGGACUGCUCUGCAGAAACCAUGAGCAGCCGCCUUCUGACGAGAAAUCAGAGCAGUCACCACCUCGGCAGUGCUGAAACUACCAAGGAGGGAAUCGAGAGCUAUUACCAAGCAACAAAACCCAUGAUUGCAUACUACGAGAUGAAGACACAGUUAUGCAAGGUUGAUGCAGAAGGACAACUAGAGGAUGUUUUCCUGGAGAUCUGCAUGACAAUUGACUCUUUUCUGAAAAAGGAAGAGGCAGCAUUUUCUCUUCCAGCUGAAAUUCAGUAAUGGUUUGUGCAAAGCUUCAUGUCACGUGCACUCGAUAGUCACAAUUAAAGUGCUGGUCAAAGCAAUACCUGCRGGCUUGAGAGGUUUCUGAAAUUCGUGCAUGUGGUAUAAAUGUUAUUUUAGAUGAAAUCUUUUUUCCUUAUUCAUACAACACUCAACAGGAAAUGGUCUCUAUGCUAAUUCCACACUAUAAGUGUUGUAUAUUGUUUUAUUAGUUGUUUUGGUCUUCAAAGGUGAAAAGCACCAAGGUGAACAGCAGCUCUGCUUUGUAUUACAUGAUUUAUUCAUGCAUUUGAGUCAGACACAUUGCUUCAUCACACAACACACUGACUGCUCCAUUGGUUAUCGUUUCUUUUAAAUAACGGUAUUCAUUUUUAUGGUAUAACUUAGUUUGCUCUUGAUUUUUAGUGAAAGAAAUCUGCUCUGCUAUGUUCACCUGUGAGGCAASUGGAUUUGUAACCUAGCCUACUAAGCUACAGAAAUUAAAGUAAACUUAAAUUAACUUUUGAAACGUCCCCAAAACACUUACUGAAACAAGAAGAAAAAAAAAAAAAUCCAUUGCGGAAGUUGGAAUUCUGUCAAUCCAUUACAUUGGAAUAGAUCCAGGUACAGAGACAGCCUUACCUUUUGCUGAGUCUUCAGAUACUGAUCUCCCAGUUUAUUGGGCCAUGUGAAAUAAUGACUGUAUAGUGCAGUUAAAAGCAUUAGUAACUGGGACUGCACAUUUAUUUGUUCAAAUUUAUGUAGAAAAUUCACCAUGAAUACUUGAAAAGUCAAAUGCAAAUUUCAGAUCAGCUGUUGUCUUGUAUUUUGACACUAACACUGAGCGAAAAAAAAAAAAAAAAGCAGGGAUUAUUUGACUCAUUGCUUGCAUUUUUAAUCGGUCACCUAUCUACAGUAUCUGCAAAAAAGUCUGUAAAAAUCRUAUCAUAUUUCUGUUAACCAAAAUAUUGUGGAGGUUUUUGGUAUAUUGAUAGCUAAGUAAAAGCUUGUUUGACAUUCCUGUAACUGCAUCCUCUUACGGAACUACUGGAUAAAUUCACA